AUGCUGUUUCGCUUUCGAGAAGCGCAAGCAGCAGAUCUAGGCAUUAUCGAUGUCGGACGAACUCGGCGGCCUAAGAUGAUUACGGAGGUCGCAUCUAUACCUACGUGCGAAAAAUGGCGCGGUCAAGUGCUGAAAGAGAUAUCUCGCAAAGUUAGCAAGAUUCAGGAUCCAAGUCUAAGCGAUUUCAUGAUUCGAGAUCUGAAUGAUGAAAUCAAUAAGGCGAUGAGGGAGAAACACAUGUGGGAGGUACAGAUACGGAAUCUUGGGGGCCCAAAUUAUAUGCGUGGAGGUGGGAAAGUGUAUGAUGAGGAAGGGCGAGAAAUACCUGGGGGUGGAAAGGGUUAUAGAUAUUUUGGUCGGGCGAAAGAACUUCCUGGCGUCAAAGAGAUGUUUGAAGCAGCAACGCCGAAACCGCGGCAGGACAAACCAUUGGAUACGAGGUCAGAUUUACGGAAGCAAGUUGAUGCAUCAUAUUAUGGAUACAAUCUUGAUGAAGAAGACGGAACACUACUAGAGUACGAGUUACAGAAAGAACAAGAAGCGUUCGAGAAUUUACUCGCAGGUAAAGAUGGUCAAGCGCCUAAAGGCUGGGAGCCGCUGCCCGGUGAUGCUGGAGAUGGGGAGGCGUGGAAGCUACCUACACCGGAGGAGGUACAGGAGGAACUUGUCGAAAGGAGGAGGAGAAGAUUAUUGGAUAAACUAGGCUAG